AUGAGCAUCGUACCUACGGUACAAGAUUUGCUGAACAAGAGGUCAAACUACUGGGAUUCUCGUGGAGCUUACGAUUCGACGGAAAAUUAUUUGAAUUCGCAAUUUUUGUCGAUCAGAGAGGGUUUCACAAAACGUUUGAGCGAAGCUGUUGACAAGCACCUCAACUUGAAGCACUCGAAUCAGCAGUCGAGCACGCGUAUUUACAAAAACGUCAAAAUCGAAUGCUUCGAAGUGAAUGACGAUUGUUUUGGUAUAAAAUUGUUCUUCGAAGAUAAUGAAAGUCGGCAAUACUUGAAGCCAUCCUUGUUGGGAAAAUUAGUCAUUCUGACGAGGGAUAAUUUCAAGACAAUACAUUUAGCUACUGUUAUUCAUUGCCAUCCGACGUACUUGAGAAAAGGAUAUGUAUUUGUUGAGCCGUUUUCCAGGGCAGAUCUCAAGUCAGAUGCAUAUGGGCUCAGGUAUACCCUGUUGGAAACCACCAAGCACUUUGAAUCGUACUAUGAAACACUGAGUGCCUUGAAAGGCAUGAAAGAUUCAAAUUUUCCAAUGACCCAGUAUAUCAUUCAAUGUUGCGUUUGCACGGCAUUACCGCGUUACUUGCAGAGCGCAGCUCUUUUAAAAUUUCAGAAUAACUACAUUUUACCAGAAGGACUUGACAAACUGCAACAAAUCACCAAAGACCAACAGUUGGAUGAGUCGCAAUUGGAUGCUCUAAAACACGCAGUGACUCGUGAAUUUGCAGUGAUCGAGGGACCACCUGGCACUGGAAAAACACUAUUAGCAUCGAAAAUAGUACACAUUUUAUUGGACAACGAAAAAAGUUGGAGCAAACACGGCCCAAUCGUGAUCAUUUGCGCUACAGAUCCGGCUUUGGACCAGAUUCUCGAAAGUAUCCUUCCACAUACGACGUCCGUAAUACGCGUAGGUAGUCAAACGGACAAUGAAGUCUUGAAACCGUAUUCUUUAAUGGCAAAACGUGAACAAAUGAGUAAGAGAGAGAACAAUUGCUGUGCAUCGUUGUACAAGAAAAAAUAUGAGAUCGAGGAGAUCUUGAGAUGUAUACAAAAACUUACUUUGUACGCAAAAUUUUUUACUGCAUCUAACGAUGCAGUGUUUCAAACUUGCAUGAUGGACCUUUCCUUGAACAAAUAUAAAUCCAGUCAAGAAUUUUCCAAGUGGCUCACUGAAAAGUGUUUUAACUCUUUAUUUGAAGAUUUUAACUGUAAUUCAACCGAAGAAAAUGGCAAUCCUUGUGUACAAUUGUUGAAAAACUUUGAGAAGGAUAAAUGUAUGUUGACAGAUAACGAUUUGCCAAUUGAUUAUAUCAAGCGCGACGAAAAAGAUUUUGGUUUGCACAUCAACCCCAUAACUUUAAAAGAUCUGGAGGGUUUAAAUCAAAAUUGUAGUAUUUUCCAGCAAAAACUAUUUAACAAUACAAUAUUGAGUGAUCCGCGUUUACCAACUGAUCAUGCAACGAAAAAAGAUUAUUGGGAAUCGAUAAAGGCUUGCCAUGACACUCUAAUCAAGAGUUUGUUCGAGCUAGAAAAAAAAUAUCAUCAAGAAAAGUAUCAGCUUGAAAAUUUGAAACGAUUAGCCAAUCUUGAAAUAUUCAAGGAACAAAAAGUCAUUGGAAUAACUGCUGGUUGCAUUGCAAUGAUGAAAUACUCUUUGAAUUCUCUCCAGGCUCCUAUCGUGCUGGUAGACGAAGCAGAAAAAGUUCGGGAGACUCACAUUGUUUGUUCAAUGACGAAGGAGUGUCAACAUUUGAUUUUGAUUGGAGACAAAACUAUGCCCAGGCUGUUGCCAACAUUAUUCGAGCGAAUGGUGAAUGUCAAAGAAAACUGUGUUACAUUGAAGUAUCAGCAUCGCAUGAGACCUGAAAUCACUAAAGUAAUGUCUUUGUACACUGACAAGGUGUUCCAAAAUCAUGCAUCAGCGCUUAAUUAUCCUCGUUUGAGAGGCGUGGAGAGCAAUCUUUUCUUUUUAAGUCACAACCACCCCCAAACCAAAGAUGGAAUCAACAGACACGAGAUUGAAUUUUUAAUCGCACUAGCCCAAUACUUUUUACGUUUGGGCUACAAAGAAUCCGAUAUUACCAUUCUAUCCACUUGUUGUCGUCAGGCUAAUGCUUUCCAAGCAGAGAUGCUCAGUGAAGAAACUCUUAAGGAAGUGCAAGUUAGCACAGUAUUUGAUUACCUUGGCAAAGAAAACAAGAUCGUUCUUCUGUCUUUAGUAAACAACAAUGACUGCAAGGUCGAGCAAAGCAAAUUUUGA